AUGAUACUCAGCAUUCUUGUCACGCUAAUAUUCCUUGGUAUUUACAACCGUUAUUUCCAUCCCCUGAGCCACAUCCCAGGACCAUUUUGGAGUUCUGUGACAGACCUGUUCAAGCUUUAUGUCCUGUUAUCGCAAGAUCUAUCCACCAUGGGAAUCGAACUACACAAGAAAUAUGGCCCAGUAGUUCGAGUUGCUCCCAACAUGCUCUCAUUCAGUGACCCUUACAUGAUUCCAAGGAUAUACCACAAAAAAGCGGAUAAAAGUGAUUUCUGGACGCCAGGAGCUUUAGGUCGGCCGCCUGCCAUGAUUCAGGUCAAAGACCACCAAGAACAUGCUGCGAAAAGAAGGAUCCUUGCACCAGCCAUAUCUGGCAGGAACUUGAUUCAAUUAGAACAUAGACUUGAUGAGAGACUCAGCAGAACGAUGAAUGCUCUAGACACAGGAUUUGCCUUUACUCACAAGAGUUGCAACCUUCCUGAUUGGGUCAGAUGGUUCUUAUAUGAUGCCUUCACUGAUAUGACCUUUGGCGAGGUACUUGACUUUACUGGUAAUGAAAAAGAUGUUUACGGCAUGCUCCAAGCAUUUCGAGGCUCAGCUUGGAUAAUUGGUCUUACGACGAUGUUUCCCUGGAUUAUGGGCCCACUUUAUGGGAGUCCCAUGUUAAGUCAAUACUUCUUGCCCAGCAGUAGAGACAAAGAUGGGGUUGGAAAGAUGAUGAGGCUCCGCAACAAAUUUAUCAAAAACAAUCUUCUGAAUCCCACAGAAACUCAAGACUGUAUCUUCAACAAAUUUCUCCAAAGUCAGUCUAUGCACCCAGUUACACUUAGCACAGAUGAUAUCAAGGCUGAAGUUUUAAUGAUGAUGGCUGCUGCUCCGGAUACAACAUUGGCCCUGAUUUGCUCUGUCGUGGACAACAUCAUUCGAAACCCACAAGUAUAUCAAGAAUUGGAAAAGGAAAUUGAGAUACUUGAGGUACAAGGUCUUUUCUCGUGUCGAGUUGUUUCCUAUGCAGAUGUUCAAUGCAUGCCAUACCUCUCAGCUUGUAUCCUGGAAGCAUCACGAAUUUGUCCACCUGUCCCAGUCCUCCUUCCUCGCCGGAUCUCAAAAGGUGGAGUGAGGCUAAACGGGAUCUAUGUCCCAGAAGGCGCGGAGGUUGGAGCAAGCCCUCCAGUGAUCAACAAUAACGAACUGGUUUUUGGACCACAGACAGACAUUUCCCGACCUGAAAGAUGGAUGGGUGACGCGGAAAAUAUUUCGGUCAUGAAAAGAUAUCUCUUUAGCUGGGGAUGGGGAUCACGGAAGUGUGUGGCUAGAAGCUUGUCGUUGAUGGAGACAUCAAAGUUUUGUGCGCAGGUAUGCAAGCUCCUUCCCACUAUGUGA